GACUCCUCACUACAGCAGCACCGCAGUCUCAGCAGCAGCAGCUCUGGGUGAAACAUCCGUCCGUCCUCUAACGCGGUCCGGGAGGAGGGAGCCUGCAGCCUCCGGGAGAAAGAUGCUGGAGAACGGCAGGAAGGUGUUGAAGGAGGGUCUGCUGGAGAAGAGGAGCGACGGGCUGCUGCAGCUCUGGAAGAAGAAGCGGUGCGUCCUGACCGAGGAAGGGGUUCUGCUGCUGCCGCCCAAGCAGCACGACCCCCCACAUCAGCAGCAGCAGCAGCAUGGAGGUCCAGGUGGAGGUGGAGGUGGAGGAGACACGGGGAAAAUAAAAGAGCUGCACUUUGCCAACAUGAAAACCGUGGACUGCGUGGAGCGUAAAGGCAAGUACGUCUACUUCACCGUGGUCAUGAUGGAGGGGAAGGAGAUCGACUUCAGGUGCCCGCAGGACGAGGGCUGGAUGGCGCAGAUCACCCUGCAGAUGGUUCAGUACAAGAACCGACAGGCGAUCCUGGCCGUGAAGUCAACCCGGCAGAAGCAGCAGCUGCUGGUGGUGCAGAUGCCCGGGCAGAAGACUGUGCGCAGCUCGCCAAACGUUGCGUGACUUGCGGAGGAUAUUGGUGCACCAAUACGGGUGCGGAGGAAGCAAGAUGCACGGGGGGUUCCUGGGUCUGGGGCCACCUGGGGAUCCCCUUGCAAAAAAGGACCAAUCCUACAGUGUCAUUUCAGUCCUUGGAUAUUUGUGCAAUGAUCGAGGACGUCUGUGUGAAUCGAAGUGUGGAUUUACUUUGUCUUAAAGAAAAGUUUGACAGACUACAGGAGGUCUAAUCCUCCACAGGAAGACUGUUCUGGAUAUCCAUUCCCAGGCAGGUUUGAUAUUUUAAACAUGGAAGGUCUUCAUAUCCUUUUAAGCACUGAGAAAUACAACGAAACCCCCAUGUAGUGUAACUAUUUACAUACAAAAUUGACCCGUGAUACAGUCUUGUUUUAGUCCCUGGAUAUUUGUGCAGUGAGUGUGCAUCAUAUAGGGAUGAAAUAUGGAUGUCUAAAAGGCAGGUUUGACACACUACAGGAGGUCAAAUGUUCUGGAUAUCCAUUCCCAGGCAGGUUUGAUAUUUCAUACAUGCAGGGUGGAAAUAGUAGUGUAAUUAUUUACAUCAAAACUGGAAACAUGAACAUGUGUCCACACUGUUAAAGCUAUACAUUUUGCAUUAGCCACACUCUCAAUGAAGUGCUCAGGCUCAGCAUUCAAAGCCAGGUUGUGAUGUUUCAGUUAAUGCACAUACAUUGGCUUGUGUACAGUCACUCAGCAAUAUGUGCCAUAUUCCCAGAGUAUGCAGCUGUACAGGCCAACUGCACAUCUGUCCAUCAGAGAGAUAAGCCGCUCAGUUUGGACAACAGAUUUCCAUGCUUGAUGCUCUGUAUUGCACACGUUGACCUGGGUUCAUCCUGAGCGAGCACAUGUUCCCAUUGUGAUUCUCUUCAAAGGGUUUUCUCAAAAAGCCUUUCCGUGAUUGAGUAAUAGCUGUCUUUAAUUACUGAUCAGAAAGUCAAUAUAUCUACCAUUUUGAGGUCUUUGAUUUUAACUUUGGGUACCAUGAGUAUAGAAAGUCCUGGCUGUACGUCCCUGCUGAGCAAGAAAUACAUCCUCAGUGGAACUUUCACAUACAUUGAAACUGUUCUUCUACUCUGUGGGUUUGAUCCAGACUCUUCGGACAAAAUGAAUCCUGUUAUAUUAUAUCCAGAUUCUAAGUGACUUCCGAAUUGCCUCCUGUGUCACCGUCACUCUGCGGCAGUCCGUCUAAUUGAUUGCCUCCGCAGGUUAAUUGGACGCUCAGCUGGAGGAUGAAUAAUGAUGGAGUCUCCCUCACAGAAAUCCAUUCUCCUCCACACUAAACCAGCAUCUCCUUUAACAACACACAAGACUUAUUUCACGAAGGACUGAUGGACAAAAAGCAUGUGAAGAAACAACCGUUCGAUAUUUAUUAGAUGUAUAUAUAUUUUCUAUUAAAAAAAGUGUUAUGUUGUU